AUGUCAGGGAAGAAGCAGCAUGGUGGUCAUGGUCAUUCUCAUGGAGGUGAUGACAAAUGUUGUGACCAUAACCAUGCUGGAGAUGCUCAUGGUGAGGGUUCUUCGGAACAAAAUAGCUUCCCCUCCGGAGCCGACAUGCAACAGAUGGUGAAACUAGCCGAGCAACUUCAACGUGUCGGAUUCGACAUGUCUCAGCUUGAUGGUGGGGCUGCAAAAUUACAAGAGGCAAAGACGAAAAACUUUGCUUUUUGGAGUACCCAGCCGGUACCGCAAUUCGACGAGGGCGAACCCUCAAACGAAAAUAAUUUCAUAGAGCCUGAUCUUCCUGCGGAGAAAAUUCGGCAUGAGCCGUAUUCUUUACCGGAGUCAUUCGUAUGGAGUGAUGUUGAUUUGAAUGAUGAGAAACAGCUACAGGAAUUGUAUACGUUGUUGACGGAGAAUUAUGUUGAAGAUGAUGACAAUAUGUUCCGCUUCGACUAUUCCGCUGCAUUUCUCAAGUGGGCAGUGCACAUGCCGGGAUGGCUGCCACAGUGGCACUGUGGUGUGCGUGCAAAACAGAGUGGUCGUCUUCUCGCAUUUAUUGCUGCAGUACCGCAAACAAUUCGGGUUUAUGGCAAAGAACGACCUAUGGUGGAGAUCAACUUCCUUUGCGUUCACAAGAAACUCAGGUCGAAGCGGGUGGCUCCAGUGCUGAUUCGCGAAAUAACAAGGCGCGUAAAUCAACAGAAAAUUUUUCAAGCUGUCUAUACAGCCGGUGUUGUAAUACCAAAACCAGUAGGAGUAUGUAGGUACUGGCAUCGUUCUCUCAAUCCUAAGAAACUUAUCGAUGUACGGUUUUCUCACCUUUCAGCAAAAAUGACUAUGGCACGAACUAUAAAACUGUAUAAGCUUCCAGAUAAUCCUGCAACGGCUGGAUUGAGACCGCUUGAGAAGAAGGACAUUCCUUCAGCGUGGAAGUUAUUGUCUGAGUAUCUGAAACAGUUCUCUUUGGCGCCAGUCUUUACAAAGAAAGAAUUCGAGCACAUUUUCAUGCCAAUCGAAGACGUGGUGUACACUUAUGUGGUAGAGGCUGGUGGAAAAGUGACAGACAUGCUAUCAUUCUACUCGCUGCCAUCAUCUGUAAUGCACCAUCCAGUACACAAGAGUAUUCGUGCUGUGUAUUCAUUCUACAACGUGGCUACGACCGUUCCUUUCAAGCAGCUUAUGAAUGACGCUCUUAUUUUUGCCCAUAAACUCGGCUUUGACGUUUUCAAUGCGUUGGAUCUCAUGGAGAACGCUUCUAUCUUAGAAGAACUCAAAUUUGGAAUUGGCGACGGUAACCUUCAGUACUAUCUUUACAACUGGAGGUGUCCUGACAUGAAACCGCAACAAAUAGGACUAGUUUUGCAAUAG